AUGCCACCAAAAUCGGGGCUCCGGCCACGAGCAGCUACUCCAGCACGAUCGACAAGAGCUGCCACCACAACGCUUCCAGACACUCCUGGCACGCGAAGGUCAACAAGAGGUGCAACUCGUUUGUCGGUCGCUCCUAGGGAUGUCAUAUCGAAUCCAGCCUUACCAGAAAUUCAAACACAGCAGUCCUAUGCUUACGGGUCGUCAAAGACACCAGCGCUUCCAGAACAGCUACAUGCGCAAGAUAUGAAAAGACGCGCUGUCGAGAAUCGACUCAAUGCUGCGGUAGACGAAGCCGAGCGCAACUUUGAAGCACAUGCUGCCGAAUUGAGAAGUCACAGUCCUGAGUCGCAAAAGGCCGCCCGAGCGGACAGAGCACAGAGAAGGGCAUCGAAAGAAGCACCUCAAAGGCCGAUAACUUCAUCAACACCUGAUAAUGUCAGGAAGCAGAAUCGUACUGCGGCUUGGAUCGAUGACAGUCAACUAGAUGACAUACCCGAAGAAGAAACACGGCACGAUAGUCCGGAAAGCCAACCACAAACGCCACCUGUAGACCGAGCAGGAUCAGAACCAUCGAGUCUCCCUACUGGAAGUCUUGACCACAGUUACAACUACGAAAGAGGGUUACGGCGUCCCAACCUGCCACAACCCGAGCCUGAGAUACGACCCAAUACCGUGCCUCAGCAACCACCCGAGCGGCAGACCCAAACAUUGAGUGCACAACGACACGUUUCCCUCGGUUCAAGAGCAUACUCGGCUUGUCAGCGAACGUUGAUGGCAUUUGUAAGAUUGACUAGGAGCGCAUUCAGCGCAAUAUGGCAAUGGAUAAGUAGGAUGAUCCAUAUGAUGCAGAAGUCCAUACUCGAAAUUCCUGAUUCGCCUAUCACCGCAGCACUCUUCAAAACGGUUUUCAUGAUCGCUGUUUUUGGUAUUAGCGGUCUAGCCUUCUGCACCAUCUUCACUCGCACUUGCGAUGCAGCGUCGACCUCAAUUGUGUCGCAGACUCUACAGCAACUCUGUGGUCAAUGCAGAACAUCCGAAUUGCCACAAUUAUCGACAUGGAACCUGACACACGCAAGUCCUAAUGACAUGAAUGCACUGCUGAGUGCCCUUAGACAAACACAGUCUCAAAUUUCACAAAUCGAGACACGCCUUAACUCCAGAAUAGACACAUCGCUAGCAUCUACUUCGGCCGAUGCAGCAGCGCUAAGAUCGCACCAAGCAGCUCUCGAGCUACAGAUAAAUCGCUUAAACGAACAGCACCAUCCAACGGCUCUAUCAGCGUCCUCGCACGACGUUGCCUCACCACUAAUAAAGAAGAUGAACUUCUUCUCUCCUUCUUCCGGAGCCAUAAUAAUACCCAGCCUCACAUCACCAACUCUCACACAGCGCCACUGGCUCCCCUACAAAGUCGGGCUCCGCAUGAUAGGUCUCCGCAAAACAAUCUCCCCACCGCCCGUGACAGCACUCGAGACAUGGCACGACGAAGGUGAUCGCUGGUGUGCUGCGAGCGUGCCUCGACCAUCCCCAAACAGUGCUAAGCCUCAAGCACCCAGCAUCCGCCAGGACAGCAUGCGUCUCGCGAUACAAACCUCACAGCAUAUCUACCCAACCGAGCUAGUAGUCGAACACUUCCCAAGUUCCGCCUCAUUGGAACCUGGCACAGCACCCAGAGACAUCGAGCUCUGGGCCGACUUUGCAGACCUAAGCUAUCAAGAAUGGACGAAGUUGCACAUCCAAGAUCUGAUUGACGAGUCGUCGGCAGACAACUUCUUCCCAUCUACCGACAGCAGCGCCGGCGCAAAGACCUGGGCACGCAUCGGAACCGCCACGUAUGCGACCUCCGCUGUAUCAGACACAAACAAAGCAGGAUCAGGGUCAGAGUAUGUCAUGUCCGCAGACGAGACCUACGGUCAAGCCAGCAGAAACAACAAAGACAGUAUGCGCGGCAGGAACCAUGCACGAGAAGAGGUAGAGGUAGAUCACGUGCAGAGAUUCAACUUGAAUGUGAACCAGCAUGGUUUACUGCACUAUACUAAUCGGUUCUUGGUCAGGGUGAGGACGAAUCAUGGCAGCGAUCAUACGUGUUUGUAUCGGGUGCGGUUGCAUGGGUUGCCGUUGAAUUGGGAGGACAGAUAG